CUUGCUGAAAUACCAAAACGGGGAACGUGACAAUUCAAUUAAAAGCAGUUUCUAUCAUUUAAUUGUGAGGUUUAAGUACUUUAAGAGUGCAUUUGCACACCUGCUGAAAGGAUAAGUCAUGCAGAAGAUAGCCAUUUUCAUUUAUUGUAAGUAAUGAUCAUUAAUGAGAAGGUUCACCUCGUUUUUUCUGUAAGAUUAUUGUCAGAUAAAAAACGGUUGGCCUGCUUUCAGGAACUGCAAUCACUUCGAAACUGGCGCUCUGAACUGAAAACCCUGUUCCCUCUCCAAACUUCAGUGCGUUUUAGCGCGCGCUUCCCAGACGCUGGAGACAUUUAAAUCCCUCCCGCAACGGUGAGAAGAAGGCUUCUCUGUUGCCGCACAUUAGUCAGAGAAGGGUGUGUGAAGGCAAUUGUGUGCGGAAGAUUAGCUCUAUCUCUGAACGAGCAGUAUAUCGAAUACGUAAACUCAGGUUUUACAGCGCGUUUACCCUUGCGCGUUUUAGUUAUCGGUGAUAUAUACGCAUAUUUCCUUUUCCUCUACGUUGUUCGUUCGUCCGGCCGGCGCUAUCACAUUAGUGCUCACUUCCAGUGUGUCGGCAACGCUCGACUACAAUCUCCGAAGCAGACGAACAGCGGAAUCGGCGAUGAGGAUAACCGUAGUCUUGCACGUUUUGUGCAUCUGGAUGUUUUCGUCCUGUCUGGCGCGAGGGUCCCGGUUUAUAUACCAGUUUCCCGCGGUGACCGUACAGCACUUCAACUCUGAACAAAGCGCGGGACCCCCGGCCACCGGCGGCGCGCAUCGCAGGAACUGGUGCCAGUACACCGUGUCGAAGACGGUGUCCUGCCAGAUGCACAACGGCACGGAGAAGCUGGUGCAGAGGCUGCUUCACAGCUGCCGAUGGCCGGGACCCUGUGCCAACCUCAUCAGUUACAGGACUGUGAUGAGACCCACCUACAGGGUGGUGUACCGCCAGGUGACGGCCCUGGAGUGGCGCUGCUGUCCCGGCUUCCUGGGGGACAACUGCAGUCAGGAGUGUAUGAACUGCAGCAGCUAUGCUGACAUGAGCAACAGACUGAACGUUAUUGAGUCCAAAAUUCUACUGCUGGAAGAGGCGGGGCCUCCACCUUCAUCAGCCAAUGGCCUGCCAGAAGGAUCGACAGAUAACGAGGUGGACACGCCCAAUCCCACGCCCCUCUCCCCUCCCGCUGUAGGGCUCCCAGGGGUUAGGGGCCCCCCAGGCCCAAGGGGCCCCCCAGGGACGCCGGGGUCGUCCGGCCCCCCAGGACCUGCUGGAGAGACUGGACCCAUUGGGAAGCCAGGGCCCAUGGGAUCUCCAGGCCCGAAAGGGGAGAUGGGGUUUCCUGGAGAGACGGGCCUGCCUGGGCCCCCCGGCCCCCCCGGCCCCCCAGGGCCCCUCCCUGCCUUCCCCCUGCGGGGCGAUGUGUUUGGGCUGACGGAGCGGAAACAGGAUGAGGACAGUCCCCUUCCUUCUUCUCUACCUGCAUCUGUAAACCGACAAGCCACACCUGGCUCCCCCGGCCCCCCCGGCCCCCCUGGCCCACCUGGACACACAGGUCCCCCAGGCCCAAUGGGACCCCCUGGGGCCCCUGGCACUCCUGGACAGGAAGCGCAGAGAGGCCCUUCUGGGAAGACCGGGGACCCGGGACCCAAGGGAGACGAUGGGGAAAGGGGCCCCCCGGGACUGACCGGAGAGCAAGGUCAGCCGGGUACCCCAGGCCCUAAGGGGGAUCCAGGAGAGAGUUAUUCAGAGGGUGAGGGUGUGCAGCAGCUGAGGGAGGCGCUGAAGAUCCUGGCUGAGCGGGUCCUCAUCCUGGAGCACAUGAUCGGCAUCCAUGAAAGCCCAGUGGAACCUGGCUCUGGAUUAGGCGUUCUGGGUGACCCCACCCCCUCACCUGUGGUGAAGAUUAAAAGGGCGGAGCCAGUGGACCCCCCUUCCCUGCUCCAGGGAGCUAGAAACCUGAUUGGACAGAACCGAGAGAGGCGGAGCGACAAUUAAUGCAUCGUGGCCAACAGGGGUGCUGAAUGCACAUGUGACUGAGCUGUGAUUGGCCAGAGGCUGAUGCUAUGGGGGCUUCCGGGGGCUGGAACAGACAGGGCGGGGCUGCAUGUCUGACUCUGGGGUUGGGUGUUUGUGAUUCGUCACCAGGCUGGUCAGGUGACCAGAAAUUCCCCCUCUCCAGGCUGAGCUUGAUUUCCUCCACCCUGGAAAGCACAUGCAUUAAAGAUUAAACUUCUCUUUUUUACCCUAAUAUGGCUGCAGUAAUAAGAUAAAUAGCAGUUUGCUUAUAGCUCGUGCACUUCAUGUUUUUUUUAUUGGCCCACGGUUUGUCUCAGAGUCCCGGCAGCUUUAGACAGAUCCAGCGGUUCCCUAACUCCAGUUAAUAAGCAGCAUAUGUUUGCGUUUUGUGAUGUUCGCUUCGAUAAGCUGUUCCCAGCAUGCUCUCCCGUUGACGUUUGUGAAGUGAUGACAGGAAGUCCUCCCUGCGCAGGUUAUGCCGCUGACCUGCGGGACACACGUCCCUGACUCACCUGCUCUCACUGAGGAGCACGCAGUGAACUCCCGCGACUUCAUCUUCAAACCACACUCUUCCUCAGCUGAGGUUCGUUUCAGGAGCACGGCUUCUAAUCACGUUUCCGUGCCCACCAGUCGUGAGGGAUUGCUCUUAGCACUGGACUGAAACAACUUCAGCUGGAGAUUUCUGAGUAAUCUCCUCACAUUCUCUCUUUUAGGAAUUAUCACGUCAAUCAUGGUUGUCAUGGGAACUCUCAGACAACCAGCAGGUAGCACAGGUGGAGCUUUGGAUAGCUUUCUUAGCUUUUUUAAAAAAUCUUUCAUUCAUAAAAAUCAUAUUUAACAAAAACAGCAUAUUUUACAAACAUAGCAUUAAAUGUAUAAGUCCAAUAUAAUAUACGUUUAUAUGAAGGGAAAUUAAAGUCCUUGGGACUGAGAUUUUGUCCUUGCUGACGUUUAGGAACACUUGGUACAUUGUAUUAUAAUUCUUAGUGACCAAGCUGUAGUGUUUUUUUUUAGAAGAAACAUUAAGUAUUUUAACUAUUUUAUUUCUGAAUGAUUGAUUUUAAAAAAUCAUUUAAGUAAAAAAUCUUGAACUUGGAGCAAAAAUGAACUUGAACAUAAAAUAUUGUACACCUGUAUUAUUUACAUAAAUUAAUUUUGAUCUAAGUGUGCUGGCAGUGCACAGGGAAAGAGCAUUACAUAUUAAAUACUUAUUUUUUAUUAUUUUUUAUUUUUAUUUUAUUAGUUCAAGCUCUGUUCCCCAGUGUCAGACAUUGUGUUAUGAACAUGCCGUGUGAACAGCCUGUGCAUUUGUGGCAGUUAUUCGAAACCAUCCAAUGAUAUUUGAGCUUAAGUAAUGGAAUGCAGUUCCCCUUCCUGCACUGCAGGGGGCAGCGACAGUCCAACUGCUGUCUCCGUCCACACUGGCCUGGCUUCAGCAGAGCAUUCUUGUAUUAAUCCUAGCGAUUGCAGACACGCCCCCCGCCCCUCAACGUUCCUGCCAGUCAAUCAUCACUUCUUCAACGCUAGAGCCCUCCUGUCCACAGAGCAUACUGUUCCUACUGUCCCUGAAUGCUAAUUUCAUCAUUUAUUUCUCCUUCUAUUUACAGCAGACGCUUCCAAAUAUGACAUUUUUUUUAAAAAAACACUAAGGAUAAAUAGCCUGACUAUAAAGGGAAUGAAUUGGUGGAAAGAAAUCUCUAUAUCUGAAACUGUAUUUUUUUU